GCGUUAAUUACACGUGCUCAAAUACACCUCCGGCGUGCCAUAUGUGGUGCAGGUGUGGCCAGAUAAGGGUGGUGAGGUGGAGGCCAGUUUGCGAACCGGAUCGACCGCGCCUUUCCCAUAAUGCAUCAGGAGCCGCAGCUACAUAAUAUGGCGGAUACUCUUGAAAGCGAGUUGGGUAAUUUGAGUGAUAUCGGUCAGUCAGCAGAGCAGCAAGCAGAGCUGCUGUUGACCUUCAAAAAUGGUGGCUUUUCUUCAUCGUCGUCCUCUUCAUCUUCCUCGGCCUUCUCCCAGCCACAGGAAACACAGCAGGAUUUCUCUCCUCUAUCUGCUCUUGGGUUGCAUCGAGUUGGGGAAGAUCGACCAUCCCCCUCCAAAGAACCCAGUAUCCAGCUAAAUCGCAGAGGCAUGCCUGCUCGUACGAGAAAGAAGAACCGCCUGUAUUUUGACGAUGACUUGGUGAGUUCCCCAACACAAAUGAAGUCUCCAAAGAAGACUCCUCGUGGCACACCGAAAAAACAGCCUAACCCUCAGCCGCUUCCACCAGUUAAGAUGAGUGAGAGCGUGAGUGGGAUCCAGUACACUCCAGUCAUAGCCACGGAACCUCAAGCCAUCACGACUCCUGACAAAAAGGUGGCUCAGCAGAACGGGGUUAGACUCCGAAACUUUCUUAAACUUCCUCAAGCCCAUAAAUGGGUUUAUUUUGAGUGGUUUUAUUCUAACAUUGACAAACCGUUGUUUGGAGGGGAGAAUGACUUUCAGGUCGUAUUAAAAGAAGCAUUUCCGGAACUUCGAACUCGCAAACUAACACGGCGACAAUGGGGAAUGAUUCGCCGUAUGAUGGGUAAACCUCGACGCUGUUCACAGGCAUUUUUCCAAGAAGAGUGUCAAUCUCUGGACAAGAAGCGUCAUGUGUUGAGAUUGUUACAACAGAGAAAGAUCACAGACAUUACGUCUUUGAAAGACUUUCCCUUACCCAGUCAAAUUCCUAUGCAACUGGUCAUUGGCACUAAGGUAACAGCUCGAAUAAGAAAGCCCGAGAAUGGAUUAUAUACGGGCGUAAUUGAUGCAGUCGACACAUCAGACAACACGUACAGGAUAACAUUUGACCGACAUGGCAUCGGUACACAUUCCAUCCCCGACUAUGAGGUUCUGUCAAGUGAGAUUGCGGAAAUCAUGCCUCUAUCAAGUUUCUCUCAGAAGUUCCGUCCGCGGCCGCCAAUGGGGAUGGUCACUCCUCCUCGGCCACUGUUACCCAAGCAGGAACCUGGAAGUGUGGGAGCUGACAGUCCAGCACUCUCACUGACAAAUGAUCCUAUUUUAGCUCAGUCGCCCCUCAAAUCGUCUAAACUCUCAAUGGACGACACUCUUGGCGAAUUCCCUGUUAAAUGUCUUGUGCAAGUUGUAAAACUUUCAAAAAUUCUCAGAGCAAAACGUGAAAAAAUAGCCACUUUACGUGACAUGAACGGUCAGGCAGAGAAGCAACGAAGUUAUGGCCAAGAACUAAAUGUAGACUUUCAGCGUAGAUAUGCCGGAUUAGUUCUAGAAAUUGAGAAGCUAAAUCGUGACCUGAAUCAGCAUCUUCUGGCAGUUCAGGAAUUUUGCCAAAACAUUGCCCCUGAGCAGUCAGGACCUACGCUGUUACCGGGUCAAAUACGAGAGCGAUGCUACGAGGAAGCGGCAACUAUUGUAGAUGUAACUAACCACUCGAGUGGAUCUCCACAGGUGGCUAGCCCAGCCAUCCUUGAUCUUAUCACCAAGCUCACUUCGCUUAUGCUUCAAAUGAAGAACCUGGCAGAAACAGAAGUCAGUGCCUUUGAGCUAACAUCACUGCAGGAGACACUUAAUGAAAUCCGCAAUUCUUUAGACGAGUCAAACAGGGUGGCCUUUCAGAACAACAUUGAAGUCCAUCUAACUCACAUAAUGUCUGCCGUGUCGCAGAUGGGGACGCUUCAGGCCUUUAACAAUCACAAUGAAUUGUGACCUCCACAUUGGGAUGUAUCGUGGGCUUCAAGAAUUCUUAUCAGAGUAGAAAUUGAGUGUGGCCUUCUAUAUUAUCAAAAUUAGUAAAAAAAAAUGACAUUAUUUCACAUUGGGAUAAGUAGAGAGAGAGAGAGAGCAAUCUUGCAGUACAACUGGGCACUGGUUAUGUUUGAGUUGCUCUGCGUGAUUCAUCCUUUGGUCAGAUUUGUUUUGUCCACAAAGGUUUGGUGUAAAUAGUUGAAUUAGCUUCAUGGUCAUAAUCAUGUUACAUAUUUGUACAUAUGUAAAGAGAGUAUUACUAUUUUAAAAGUUAAA